AUGAUGCGCUCAGGUCUCAUAUCUAUGAUCUACGACCAGACUAUCGGAACCACUGCCGGGGAUUUGAAUGAUUCGGCAGCUAUCACCUUGAUGGGAACAGACGUGGAGCGAAUAGUGGCCAACUUGAAGAAUAUGCACGAGGCAUGGGCGUCGAUCAUAGAAUUAGGGGUUGCAGUAUGGUUAUUGGAGCGAGAGGUCGGGGUCGCCUGUCUCAUACCUCUUAUCAUCUCACUCGGGUGCGUGCUGGCAAUGAUUCCAGUGUCAAGCCGGUCUGGGCAAGCCCAAAAACAAUGGGUCGAACGAGUACAAAAGCGGCUUGCAGUGACAGCAAAUACAUUUGGCAACAUGAAGGCUGUCCAGAUGCUUGGGCUCAACGAUGUUAUUUUCCCGCUGGUAUCGCAUCUACGGGAGGUUGAGAUACAGACGUCCCUUCGUUUCCGAAAGCUGUUGAUAUGGCAAGUGGCUCUGUCCAAUGUGCCUGCUGUUUUAGCACCGUUCGCCACUUUUACAAUCUACGCAAUUAUAUCUGUCGUACGACGCGAUGGGUCAAUCCUCUCUGCCCAAGCAUUUACAUCGCUCGCUUUGAUUUCUCUUCUUACAAGUCCACUGCUCAUCAUUUGUCAAGUCAUGCCGGCAAUCUGGCAGGCUGUCACCUGCUUCGAUCGGAUUGAAACAUAUUGUGCGAAAGAUUCCCGUGCAACCCUGAUAUCGUUAUCGUCUCUCUCGAAAUCUGAAGAAUUCCAUCCAUCCUUGGUCUCAUUCCAGAAUGCAAACAUAGCAUGGUCCUCAGAUCAAGAGCCCGUGCUCCCCAAUCUAAUACUCACUAUCCACCAGGGAAUUACGAUGAUCGUGGGUCCUGUUGGGAGCGGGAAGUCAACUCUGCUUGAGAGCAUUGUCAACCAGCACAUGGUUAAAACCGGAUCCAUGACAACUUCAUUUUCAAGAGCAGCCUAUUGUCCUCAGAUCCCGUGGAUCAGGAAUGACACAGUACGGGGCAAUAUCAUCGGAUUUGACGCAUUCGAUCAAGCAUGGUACGACUUUACCUGUACGGUGUGUGGCCUACAAGAUGACCUCGGUGCCUUCGCAAAGGGUGAUAUGCAUAGGGCUGGAAGUGACGGUAUUGCACUUAGUGGAGGCCAAAAACAGAGAAUUGCGCUUGCGCGGGCAAUCUACUCCAGGCUAAACGUCGUAAUUCUGGAUAAUGUCUUCAGCGGCCUCGACUCGAAGAAUAUCGCGCUUAUAUCGAGCUGCCUUUUCGGCAGCGAUGGCCAUUUUAGAAAAGCAGGGAUAUCAGUUAUCCUCGCUCUGAGUACAGAUGAACUUCUUUGUCAUGCGGACGAAGUUGUUGUGAUGGAAGAGGGAAAAGUUACCGCAUCAGGGUCAUACCAUGCGAUUCUCUCCAAGACACGACAAUACUUCUCGAAGGGCCUAAAGGCAGUAGAAGAUACUAGUCUUUCGACAGGAGGAAACUCAUUGCUAUUCCCGUCACUUGUCCAAAACAAGGAUCGUACCAACAUCAAUAUGGAAACAGCCGACGAUGAGAAUACAAUUAAUAGACAGAAAGGAACUUGGUCCGUGUAUACAUACUACUUUCGAAGCGCAGGAUACGGUCUCUUGGGUUUGUUUUUGGCAUUCACUAUCAUUGAGGCAUUCUGCUCCAGCUUUCAAGCAUUAUGGAUUCAACAGUGGGUCGAGGCAAAUGAAGAGCAACCGAACAAGCAGCUGGGCAUGUAUCUCGGUGUGUACGGCAUGAUAUUCGGAUUGGCCCUUCUGAGUCUUAUAGCUAGCUGCUGGUUACUCUUCGUUCGGGCCCUCAACAAUACUUCGCUAAAUCUGCAUUCUGACCUUCUCAAAACAGCGCUUGGGGCUUCGAUCAUCUUCUUUCAUGGUGUAGACACUGGUACUAUAAUCAACAGAUUUAGCCAAGAUUUGGAACUCAUUGAUAUGAUGCUACCGGUAUAUGCUGUCAAUUGCGUUACAAACGUGAUUACGGUCUUUAUUGACGUCCUUAUUAUAUGUGUUUUGGGUAAAUAUCUGGCAGUCUCAAUCCCGUUCUUGGGAGUGGUUCUAUUUUUCGUUCAGUCAUAUUACCUACGCACGUCCCGGCAGGUCCGAUUACUAGACAUCGAGGCGAAGGCACCGAUGUACACACAUUUCCUCGAGACGAUCCACGGCAUAUCAAGUAUCAAAGCUUUCAACUGGGAGCCCCAGAUGCGAGAUAAAGGCCUCGCUCUACUAAAUCAAUCUCAACGUCCAGUCUACAUGCUGUACACCAUCCAGCAAUGGCUGACUCUAGUUCUGGACUUGGCUGUAGGGGCAAUGGCCGUCAUUCUUAUUGCGAUGAUCACAUCUCUAAGAAAUCAGUUCAAUGCGGCUUCCAUUGGUGUUGCGCUCAAUCUUCUUCUGACGCUUAAUCAGACCUUGGCAAACGCUAUCAAAACGUGGACCAUGACUGAAACCUCUAUCGGGGCAGUCACACGCGUGCAACACUUUAUACAAGAUACACCAGCGGAAGGAUACCGCAGCACGCCUUCGAUUAUUUUCCAACUACCGGAUAAUUGGCCUGGCAGCGGUGCGGUGGAAUUCAGAGACGUGACUGCUGGAUAUAACCACUCCUCCACCUCGAUCCUCAAAGGCCUCACCAUGAGCAUCAAGCCGGGAGAGAAUAUUGCAGUUUGCGGGCCGUCUGGAAGUGGAAAGUCAUCACUGAUCAUGGCGAUGCUCCAGAUGCUUGACAUUCAGUCCGGACGCAUUAUGAUAGAUGACAGGGGCCUCGCCGAGAUUCCGAGAAGCGCAAUCCGCUCGCGUAUUAAUGUGAUCCCACAAGACCCAUUCUUCAUGCCAGGCACUCUUCGUUUCUAUCUUGAUCCUCGUCACUGUGUGGUCGAUGCGGAACUUACCCGUGCCAUUGAGAAGGUAGGCCUCUGGAACCGAGUUCAAGCCAAACGAGGUUUGGAUACGGAGUUCUCUGUGGCGGAUUGCGUCGAUUGGGAAACGGAGGCCAUAAUGCAGGAUAUUGUUGAGAAGGAAUUUGUUCAGGAAACGAUCAUUGCGGUGGUGCAUCGGUUUCGAUAUAUUCAUCGGUUUGACAGGGUGAUGUUUCUCAAGUAUGGAGAGGUUGUGGAGUAUGAUACACCUGAAGUAUUGUUGCAGAGUGAUUCCGAGUUCCGAAAGAUGUAUUUGGUUUCUCAACGGCCUUCUUCCGGUUUAUAA